AAAGUGAUAAGCAGCAAGCAGCUUCUGGGUUUUGCUUUCAUGUGCGCUCCUGCUGAAUCACUGUGUGUGAAUGUGUGUGUGUGUGUGUGUGUGUGUGUGUGCGCGUGGGGCGUUCACUCUUUUUCCUUUCACAGUGGCAACACACUGCAGCAGCGCCGGCCCUGAACAAAAGACUAAACGCAGCAAAGCCACAGGAGGGGAAACUCAGGGAUAGAAGCAGGCCGAGACACCCAGCGUGACUGCCCUGCUCAGGGAGGAGCUCAACCUGCCAUUAGCCCUCCUGGCCCCGGAGUGGAGCCAGGUCAGCGCUCAGGAUCAGCUCCAGCAGCCCGUCAGCCUCUGUCACAACUGAAGUGUCUCUUCCACUCCUGUGUCUGUUAGUCAUACACUUCAGUGACACCUGCCCUUCCUCACCUUCAGCUUCUUUUCUUCACCACCCGCCUUUUGCGAGAUGUCAGACGAUGACUGCCUCUCUCCUAUCGGCCUGGACUGCUGCAGUUGCUGCCUGGAUCUGGCCAAUGGAUGCGAUGAGUCCACAUCCAUGAAUCCAGCUCAGGGCCUCCAAACAACAGCGGGACUGCCAGGAAGUCCCACCAGCCCCAGCGUCAGCCACUUCCGUCAGCUUCGCAACCAGCUGAUGUACCAGAACCUGAACAGGGACAAACUGAAUAACAUCAUGAGGCAGGACUCUCUGGAGUCGGUUGUUCGAGACCCCUGCUUCCUGCUCAACGAGGGAAUCUGCAAUAGCAACAUCGACCAGACCAUGCUGUCCAUCCUGCUCUUCUUUCACAGUGCCUCUGGUGCUAGCGUAGUGGCUAUUGACAACAAGAUUGAACAGGCCAUGGACCUUGUCAAAAACCACCUGAUGUAUGCGGUCCGUGAGGAGGUGGAGAUCCUCAAGGAGCAGAUCAAAGAGCUGGCAGAGAAGAACAACCAGCUGGAGCGUGAGAACUACCUCCUGAAGAACCUGGCCAGUCCAGAGCAGCUGGAGAAGUUCCAGUCGCGUAUCCCGACAAACGUGCUGCUGCCUCUGGACAAUCAGUCAGACCAGCUGUCCCACGAGCACCACCAGCAGCAGGCCUGCAACCUCAGCACUGGCUCUGCUGUAUAAGUGGCUCUGUCUUGGGGCGGGCAGAGCCACUGCCGUGUCACGGAAAUGGACCUCCAUUUUAACCAGUGUUCUAAAAUCGUCGCUGCCGAGACUCCUUUGAGACCGCAAAGGAGAUGCAUUGGGGCAGAAAUGAUUGAGACACGAAAGAACUGUUAAAUCUGAUUAGCACAGAACUUAAGACGCUCUGUCCGGUGCAGCCUCAGGCCCGGCCUAUGAUGCCAUCCAAGUGUUUGUCGUAGUCUCUUGUUGUAGACAACAGCGCUAAGAGGGAGGGCUGACUAUACGCGGACGAGUGCUUGCUUUCAGACAGAGUGGGGAAGCUUUCCCUGCCUAGCUGGACCCUUCUGAAACAGCCUUUGCUCCAGAGAGCAGGUGAGGAGGUGUUGAUUGGGCUGGUCCUGCAGGUGAUAGGUUGGAACAUGGAGGAGGUUUUUCCCUCUGUUCACGCAGGUGAAACCCAAUGAGAUGGUCCUCCGUGUCUCAUGAGGAAGAGCCCCGGCUUGUGGACUUGUCCGAGCUGAAAGUACAAGUUUCACAGGUUGCCAGCCACAUAAUGACACUUUCUGUACCUGCUCAUGCAAUUUUGUACAUUCAAGCAUAUGAUGAAUACUCAACAGGAUAAGCUAAAGCAGUAGAGGUGGAGGUUAAUGCAGUAAAGCUGAGGGUCUGCUGCCCCAAACUAAUCACUAUACUGUAUGAUUCAUAAAAAUGUCUUGUACUGUCUGCAGUUGGGGCUAAAUACUGCAUGUGAGGGAUUUUUAUCCUGUUUUGUCUUCUGUUUUUCUUUUUUGCUGAUUUGAACAAAAUGAGCUGAUGUAAAAAUAGGAGCAUUUUAAAGUGGAUUUGUAAGAUUUUAUUUUUUAAAUCGUGAGUACAGGCAUAUCUGCCCCCGACUGUUUGCUUUAUAGGAUGGCAACAAUGUACAGUAUAUAACAUAGAAACAUCCAGAGCAAGCAGACGCACUCCUGAUUUUGAGCACCAUUGUACAGAAUCUGGACUGAUAAUUCAUUUUGAAAACAACGGCAUGACACCAGUGCCUGUGUGUAGUAAGACAGGAACACAUUUCUGCACUGAGCUCUGUUAGUGUCUUGUAGCUAUCACAGCAGCAGAAGCCAGUAAACCAGGACCGUGUGUAAAUAUUCACAGGGAAAAGUUUGUUGGUGUGCUAUUGCUGACUACUUUUUUGUUGUUUUUAAUUUUGUAAAGAUAAUGGUGUUGUUGCUGUACUGUAUCUGUCAGAAGUUUUUCGUUAUUGUGUGUGGAUACAACUGCACAUUCGCAAUAAAUCUUGUUUACAUUAAACUAUCACUGGCACCGUG